GGGUUCUAAACUACCUAGAGAAAGGAGGGAAAUUCUUGUGAAAGGGGUUUCUUCAACCUCCUCAGGUUCUUUUUCACUUCCAGAGCUAACGAAAGAAUUAAACAUCAAUUCAUUUGGAAGGGAAGAAUGGUGUCACGUUUUAGUUGUAUGUAUUCUGAAAUUGGGUCUCAAAGGUGGAGGCUAAGAUCGAGGAGUUUAAAUGGGCAGAUUUAAGCUUUGUUAGUUUUUGUUUUUGAAAGACAGUCUCUAUACAGUUAGGAAUGAGAGCUCCCAACAGCUCGAGAGUUUGGUUAUCAAAAAAGGAAGCACAAAUCUAUUUGUUUCUCAAGGCAUAGUCUGUAUGCGAUGAGGGUAUGGGAGAAUUAAUAGAGUUCAGAAGUCACAUCCUCGAUUCUUCUUAGAUCUAAUAUGAACUUUUGAAAAACCCACUUCACCUAACUCUUAAUUUCCAUAAGUGGCUAUACUAUCAUAUUUCUUUUAAGCAAAUUCUUCUAGUAGUUCAGGAAACCAAGAAUGAAAACAAGAAAUUUGCUUUAUUUAUUGGGAAUUAGGAAACACAUACAGAACAGUCUUUGACGCUUCCAUUUCAAUUCAAGCAUAUAGGGAGGGGCACUAGCUAGUGUUGCUCCAAUCUGCAAGACAAAGCAAAAUAUGAAAAUCUUCGUAUAGUAUUCAAAUCGGUAUUGCUUGACGGAAGAUUCGUAUAAAAUGAGAAGGGUAUGUGCCUGCUGCUUCACAAGCUCAUCUCCCAACAUCAAACAUCAGAAUCCCAACAGUGAUAACCCUUCUCAGAGCUCUGUUGUGACCAUGAAAACCACCCAACAAAACAAUGCCACUGAAGUUCCAAAGGGUGUGGAAGAAACUACGACCAAAUUAAGUCCUCCACGUGCGGCCAAUAUCUUACAGAACCAUGACUUCUCAAUGGGGCUACAACAUUGGCACCCUAAUUGCUGUAAUGGCUAUGUAACGUUGGCCAAAUCAAAUAAAUCGGAUGAAGCAUCCAAUAAUUCAUGUGCUAGGUAUGCUAUCGUUACCGAUCGAAAUGAAAGUUGGCAGGGACUGGAACAGGAAAUCACCAACAAUAUUUUUCCUGGUAUUACUUAUUCAGUCUCAGCAAUUGUUGGGGUAUCAGGAUCCCUUCAAGAAUUUGCUGAUGUCCUAGCAACUUUAAAGCUAGUGUACAAAGAUUCUACUAUAAACUAUUUGUGUAUUGGGAGAUCUUCUGUGUUGAAAGAGAAGUGGGAGAAGUUGGAGGGGACAUUCUCCUUGUCAACCAUGCCAGACCGUGUUGUAUUCUAUUUGGAAGGGCCUUCUUCGGGUAUUGAUUUGCUUAUACAGUCCGUUGAGAUUACUUGUGCUAGUUCCAAUCAAAUGAAGGAAGCUGGAAAAGACAAUGCUGGUGAUGAGAAUAUUAUUCUAAACCCAAAAUUUGAUGAUGACCUUAAAAAUUGGUCUGGAAGAGGAUGCAAGAUUGCUCUUCACGAUUCAAUGGGAAAUGGAAAAGUUCUCCCACAGUCUGGGAAGUUUUUUGCCUCUGCAACAGAGCGCACACAGAGUUGGAACGGGAUUCAGCAGGAGAUCACAGGAAGAGUGCAACGAAAGCUUGCUUAUGAUGUUGCUGCUGUUGUUCGUGUUUUUGGAAAUAAUAUCACCACUACUGAUGUACGAGCUACUUUAUGGGUGCAAACACCAAAUUCUCGCGAGCAAUAUAUCGGAAUUGCCAAUGUGCAGGCAACAGAUAAAGAUUGGGUACAAUUACAGGGGAAGUUUCUUUUAAAUGCUUCCCCAUCAAAAGUUGUCAUCUAUAUUGAAGGUCCACCACCGGGAGUCGAUAUUCUUAUCGAUAGUCUUGUUGUCAAGCAUGCACAAAAGAUUCCUCCUUCGCCCCCUCCGUCUUAUGAGAAUCCAGCCUAUGGAUUUAACAUAAUUGAGAACAGCAAUCUAAGUAAUGGCACCAAUGGAUGGUUUCCCCUUGGAAGUUGUACACUUAAUGUUGGAACCGGGUCACCGCAUAUUGUUCCUCCCAUGGCCAGAGACUCCCUUGGCCCUUCUCAACCUCUAAGUGGUCUCUACAUUCUUGUGACAAACCGUACGCAAACUUGGAUGGGUCCUGCUCAAAUGAUAACUGAUAAGGUGAAACUCUUUCUCACAUAUCAAGUGUCUGCUUGGGUAAAGAUUGGCUCUGGGGCAACUGGUGCGCAAAAUGUCAAUGUUGCACUCGGAGUGGAUAACCAAUGGGUCAAUGGAGGGCAAGUUGAAAUCAGUGAUAAUAGAUGGCAUGAAAUUGGGGGUUCCUUUAGGAUCGAGAAGCAAGCAACAAAGAUAAUGGUUUAUAUACAAGGUCCUGCUCCAAAUGUUGACUUAAUGGUUGCUGGACUUCAAAUUUUCCCUAUUGACCGUCGUGCAAGGUUAAGAUAUUUGAGGACACAAACAGAUAAGAUCCGCAGGCGUGAUAUCACCCUCAAGUUCUCAGGAUCUAGUUCUAGUGGCACGUUUGUAAAAGUUAGACAAAUGCAGAACAGUUUUCCUUUUGGGACUUGCAUUUCUAGAACAAACAUUGACAACGAAGAUUUUGUCAACUUCUUCGUAAAGAAUUUCAAUUGGGCUGUGUUUGGAAAUGAGCUCAAGUGGUAUUGGACAGAACCACAACAAGGAAACUUAAACUAUAAGGACGCCGAUGAGUUAUUGGAUUUAUGCAAGAACCACAACAUAGAGACUCGUGGUCACUGCAUCUUUUGGGAAGUGCAGGGUGCUGUGCAACAAUGGAUUCAAUCCUUAAAUAAGAAUGAUAUGAUGGCUGCUGUUCAAAAUCGCCUUACAGGUUUAUUGACACGCUACAAGGGAAAGUUCAAGCACUAUGAUGUCAAUAAUGAGAUGUUGCAUGGAUCAUUCUAUCAAGAUCAUCUUGGCAAAGAUAUUCGAGCAGACAUGUUUAAGAACGCCAACAAACUCGAUCCAUCAGCUCUCCUAUUUGUGAAUGACUAUCACGUUGAGGACGGAUGUGACACGAGAUCUUCUCCUGAGAAGUACAUAGAGCAAAUUCUUCAACUACAACAACAAGGGGCUCCAGUGGGAGGAGUUGGAAUCCAAGGGCAUAUUGAUAGUCCAGUAGGACCAAUUGUUAGUGCUGCUUUAGACAAAAUGGGAAUUUUAGGCCUUCCAAUUUGGUUCACAGAACUCGACGUGUCCUCCAUCAAUGAACACGUAAGGGCCGAUGAUUUAGAAGUGAUGCUUCGAGAAGCUUAUGCUCAUCCUGCAGUAGAAGGUAUAAUAUUAUGGGGAUUCUGGGAGCUGUUUAUGAGCAGGGACAAUUCUCAUUUAGUGAAUGCAGAAGGCGAGAUCAACGAAGCUGGAAAGCGAUACUUGGCUCUAAAACACGAAUGGCUUUCGCACGCAAGUGGACAAAUCGAUGGGAAGAGUGAGUUUAAAUUUAGAGGCUUUCAGGGAAAAUAUAACGUGCAGAUUGUCAAUGCCUCAAAGAAGAUGUCAAAGACAUUUGUAGUGGAGAAGGGAGAUACGCCUGUGGAGAUAUCUAUAGAUAUGUGAAAGCAUCCAAACCCAGUGAUUGUGCUUGAACACACGCAGUAGCACUGAACAUACAUUUCCAAAGAUGUGCGUAAUACAAUAAAACUCUCCCCUUCCAAAUUGCUCCCAAAUACUAAUUUGUAAUAAUCUCAAUUCGAAAAGAAUAAAUAAAUAUACGUGUGUUGUUUAUUGGUCGUGAAAA